AUGCUAAUUAAGGCUCCUGAUGUUUCAGUCAGUUUUGCAGAGGAUACUGCGAAAGAAGGGCUGAAACGAGCCACGGAUUUAGCCAAGGAAAAGAGCGAAAACACGGACACGGAGGAUGCAACGACGGUUGCAGGCGGAGAGGAAGAGAACGUAACGGUUGGUGAGAUAGGAACUGUUAAAGCGCAAAAUCAAUCUUCAAGUUGA